AUGAGCAAUAUAGCAGACCCCAGGUUUCGGGAGGUAAAAGAGCGACAAGGCGGAGCACACAUUCGCUCAGCAAACUUAUUCCGCCUAGACGGUCGCACCAUCAUCAUUACCGGCGGUGCCGGUUAUCUCGGGAUUGAGGUGGCAGGAUCUAUCUUGGAAGCUGGGGGAGACGUAAUCUGCCUGGACAUGAUCGAGAAACCACCCGCAGAACGCUGGAGUAGGACCCCAAGUCACCAAAUACUAGGUGAAUCGCCUUUUGACAUUUAUCGGAUAGACCAGCUCAACGAUCUUGCCACGGAGUACGGCGGACAAUUGUCUUACCAGCAGCUAGAUGUCACUGAUACAGUUGCCAUCCCAGCAACGUUUGCGAGCUUCACCCCGGAAUUGAGGCAUCCGAUCCGGGGAUUCGUUGGUUGUGCUGGAGUGUCUGAUAACGACCCUGCCCAUACCUUCUCUGUUGAGCGGUUUCGUCGCCUGAUGGAAAUCAAUGUAACUGGCACCUUCGCGGUCGCCCAGGCCGUGGCAAUAGAGAUGCAGAGGGCAAAUGUCAACGGGAGCAUGGUCCUUGUGGCCAGCAUGAGCGGCACUGUUGUUAAUAAGGGCGUCGACACCGCAGCAUACAAUACCUCCAAAUCUGGAGUUCUUCAGCUUGCUCGUUCACUCGCGGCAGAAUGGGGUUCACGGAAGGGAAUGCCCCUGAUUCGCGUUAACUCACUGUCGCCUGGCUACAUUCGAACCCCAGCAACUACGGAAUCGCUCAGCAAGCCUGGAAUGGAGAGUCAGUGGACUGGAGAUAAUAUGCUAUAUCGCCUCAGUCUUGUGGAUGAGUAUCGAGGGCCAGUUUUAUUCCUGCUUAGUGACGCCAGUAGCUUUAUGACAGCUGCUGAUCUCAGGGUUGACGGCGGACACUGUGCUUGGUAG